AUGAGCGGAAUCCAUACCUCUGUCUGGAACAGCUGCUGCAUCAGCAUAUCGCAGGUCGCCCGAUCCUUGCGAACCCUUACGUCCUGCUCCAGGCUGCGAGCGACGGCCUCGUCCUGCUCCUCCUCGUCCGCCGUUCGCAUCACGACGAUCGGGGUGCAGAGGAGCGUGCUGUUCGGGACGAACACUGUCGAGCCAACGCUCGAGGUCACGCAGGUCGAGUUCCACCCGACUUCCUGCACGAUGCCCACGUGCCUGGACUCCAGGGAGCCAGCCUCGAUCAGGUCGCCCGGGACGAAGGGCGCGGUGGCCAUGAUGAUGAUCGAGGCCACGAUGUUCCCCACCACGGCCUGA